AUGAUUAGUGGCACAAUUCCUAGGACUUUUGUGGAUCUACUUCAUGGUAAUUAUUAUACUAACUAUAGAAUAUUACAUAAAUAUGGAAUUACGCUCGAGAUUGACUUUAGUCAUAACUUCAUUAACGGUGAACUCCCCCUUUCGUCACUUGAGAAUCAUUUAAGGCCUACGAGUAUUGACUUUAGCUACAAUAGUCUUAUUGGCAAAAUUUCAGAUUCCUUCAUUUUAUUUAGAAAUAUCAAUUUAUCAUAUAACAAGCUUGAAGGCAAGGUUUCUGAUCAAAUUCUACAUCGUUUUGAUGUAAGUGUUGUAUUGGGUAAUCAAAAUCUCUGUGGCAGUAUUCUCCCGCUUCACCCCUGUGAUUCACAAAAUCAUGGAAUUUUCAAAAUGUUGUUGAUUCUGCUUCCUUCAAUUUUCUUGUUCCUUCUCGGUUUCGUUUGCUUAGCUCUUGUUCGUUCCCGAAAAAGGAAAAGUGUCGUCCAUGUGAUUAAUUCAAAUACGCAUGGAAAUGUGUUCUGCAUAUGGGAUUAUGAUGGCAAGAUUGCGUACGACGAUAUUAUUGAAUCAACUGAAGACUUCGAUAUUAAAUAUUGCAUUGGCACCGGUGGGUAUGGAAGUGUUUAUAGAGCAAGGCUUCCAAACGGUAAGGUCGUAGCUCUAAAGAAACUCCACACCCGUGAAGCCCAAGAGACAACUCUUUUCAGAAGUUUCCGAAAUGAAGUUGAUAUGUUGAAAGAGAUAAGGCACAAGAACAUCAUUAAACUCCAUGGAUAUUGCCUCCAUAAGCGUUCCAUGUUUCUCAUUUAUGAAUACAUGGAGAGGGGAAGCCUAUUUUGGGUGUUGAGUAACGACAAAGAAGCAGUGGAAUUGGAUUGGAAGAAAAGAUUGAACGUCAUACGAAGAGUUUCACAUGCUUUGUCAUACAUACAUCAUGAUUGGAUUACAUCAAUCAUUCAUCGUGAUGUUACAACGAGUAAUAUACUUUUGGACUCAAAUUUAGAAGCUUUUCUAUCUGAUGGUAUCUCAAGAUUAUUUGAUCUUGAGUCCUCUUAUCAUACCACUGUCGGUGGCACUUGUGGAUAUAUAGCUCCAGAAAAAUGUGACGUCUACAGCUUUGGAGUGGUGGCAUUGGAAGUAAUAAUGGGAAAGCAUCCCGGAGAAUUAUUGACUUACCUGUGGUCUAAAUCUACUCCACAUAUAUUCAUCAAUGAUUUGUUAGACUCACGACUCAAAUCUCCUCUACUACAAAUUGGAGUGGCACAAAGUAUACUUCUCACAUUAACAUUGUCAUUUGCAUGUCUCCAUCCAAAUCCAAAAUCUCGACCUACAAUGCAACAUUUGACUCGAGAAUUCAAUAUCCAGAGGCCCUAUCAGGAUGAACUCGUAUUUAACGAGAUUACAAUUGAACAACUUUUAAGAAUACAAGGAAACUUAAAGGAUCAUGCUGAGUAA